UAAGAUACCAAUCUACAAAAACCGAUUACCCAAAUUUGUCGUCUUCUUCAUUACGUAUGCAAUCUCUGUCUUCUUCCGCCAUGAUAACACCUCCACACCUUUCAUUUCUCUUCUUUACUCUUCAUUUUCACAUUACUUUCCUCUUUCAUUCAUAGCUUUCUCCGCACAAAGUUAAGAGUUUUACUCUCCUUAUUAUCACUUACUUUACUAUCCAUGUAUAGAUUUGGUGUAUGAAUCCUUCAAAUUUCAUGCUUAAUUGUUGUUUUUAUCGUGUUUGACGAACACCCUUUUCGUUAUUUGAUCUGUAUUUAUGGUUUCUUUGAGUUAUUUUGUAGAUUUGAUAGACACCCAUUUUCCGAUUUUGAUCUGAUUUUCAAACUGUAGUUAUGUAUAACACACCUUUAGUUCUGUCCUUUCUUCUUUUGUUAUCAUUUCCACUGAUUUUUAUUUUUGCCCCAAAAAUUCUACAUCAGAAACACACUGAAAUUUCAAUUCCUGAUGAGGUUGAUGAUAUCGCUUUAUUUCGCCGUGCGACCCUUUAUUCAGUCGGUAAACGUGGUGGGGAUGGUGGGAUUAGGGCGGUUUCCCGGUUGGGUGUUACGAAUCCUCGCCGGAAAAUUGCUUUUUUGUUUCUGACGAACACGGAUCUCCAUUUCGCGCCGCUUUGGGAGCGAUUUUUCUCCGGUCAUGGAGAUUUGUACAAUAUUUACAUCCACGCAGAUCCAUCUGCGAAAGUUGCUUCACCUGGCGGUGUUUUCGAUGGGCGGUUUAUCCCGGCGAAGAAAACCGAACGCGCCUCCCCUUCACUAAUCUCCGCCACUCGUCGACUUCUAGCCACGGCGAUUCUAGACGAUUCCAUGAAUUCCUAUUUCGCCGUUGUUUCUCAACACUGUAUCCCGCUUCACUCUUUCAAAUUCGUUUACAAAUCUCUCUUCAAAUCAACUCAUUCCCCGGUACACCGGAGCUUCAUUGAGAUACUCUCCGGUGAACCGCAGUUAUGGGAUCGGUAUAUCGCUAGAGGAGAAUCCGUCAUGCUACCUGAAGUCCCAUUCGAUCGGUUUCGGGUCGGGUCACAGUUCUUCAUGCUGACCCGAAACCAUGCCCGGUUAGUAGUCCGUGACCGGAAGUUAUGGAGGAAGUUCAAAUUACCUUGUUUGAACAAAGACUCAUGUUACCCGGAAGAGCAUUACUUCCCGACCCUUUUGUCAAUGGAGGAUCCGGAUAGGUGUACCCAUUACACACUCACUCGGGUCAAUUGGACCGGUAGUGUGGACGGGCACCCGCAUACCUAUUACCCGAAUGAGAUCUCACCGGAGCUCAUUCACGAGCUCCGGGAGUCUAAUAACACGUAUUCACACAUGUUCGCGAGGAAAUUCUCACCGGAUUGUUUGAAGCCGUUGAUGGACAUAGCGGAUAAGGUCAUUUUCCGAAAGUAAAACGGGUCGGGUGUAGACUGGAAUCUUUUGUAUUUUAAGUUAUUGAAGCACAAAGGCGCAAGCCAAAAGCUCUUCUGUUGGAAUAAACAAAUAAAAUGUUUUUUUUGGUGGUCCAAUGUAUAUACAAGGAAAAAAAAAAGACAAGAUAAGGUGUGAAAUAAUAUUAUCAAAAGUCCAAAAAAAAGAAGAAAAAAAAAGGGGGUGUGGAGUUUAGAGUGGAGUUUGUUACCAAAAGGGAAUUAUUGUAGGAAAAUAUAAAAAGAGCAAAAAGUAGCAAAUGGCUCAUUGCUUCUUCUUUUUUUUUCUCUUUUUUUCCCUUUUUGUGUUGUUCAAAAAAAAUGUAGAUGAAGAAUAGUCAAGUCUCCCAUUUGCUUUUCCCCCUUUUGUGUUGUAUUAUUAUUGUCUUCCUUGUUGUGGUAAUGUAAUGUUACAUUAGUUUGUUAGUUGCAUCUUUUCCUCUA